ACCUGUAAAUUGAAUGUAGUUGUACAGAGAAUAUAGUCACACACCGCUUUACUUACUAAGAAAUAAGGUAAAAUUACUCAAUGUUUCACAGUCUUGUAAAGUAGGUGGCGGUAUAGACUUCAAAGCUGUUUACAAUUCCCAAAUUAAUAAAUAAUAAGAAAUAAGCCAACCUAUUUUUUUUUCUGUGAAAUGAAACCAUACAGAUGUGCAGCCCCAUUGACAGAGGAAAGAAAAAAAUGAGCCACGUUCAUUGCCGGAACACUAACAGUGCGACACUCAGCGGAAACAGUCGCUAGUAGCGUUAGCUGCCUCUAACUGUGGACUAAGCUGGGAGACGAAUAUGUUGUCGUUUCGACGUUAACAAUGUCUUCAGUUGAGUAUCUCAGAGAGUUUGUUAACGAGCGACUAACUGCUGCUGCUGAAGAAAUAUUCGGAGUUUUUACAAAAACUAUCAUCCAGUACGAGGAAGAGAUCGACCGUCAGCGCAGACUGUUGGAUAUCGUUUGGAAACCUGAAGUAAAGUUACACCGAAUAGAGCUCCCACAACGUGUCUGUGAGGAAGAGGAGGAGGUUCCUGCUGACCAGCAGCUUUGUGUUCAGGAGAGGAACUCCAGUCUGGACCAAGAGGACCCAGAGCCUCCACAGGUUAAAGAGGAAGAGGAGGAACUCUGCACCAGUCAGGAGGGAGAGCAGCUUGACUCUGAGACUCUGAACAUCAGUAAUGAAUUUCAGAGUGUGGUGGAGGAAAAGCCUCUAAAUCAAAUUCCAGUUGAAACCGCUGUGAUGCCAGCACCAAACAAUGACCGCCAGCUCCUCUUUCAGAACUCUCGUAACGCUGAGAGUCAAAAUGAGAAAGGAGAAAGGCAUCAAGACUCAGGAUCAACUAGAAAUAUUGAGCCAAAGGACCGAGAGCCUCCACAGAUUAAAGAGGAACAGGAGGAACUCUGCACCAGUCAGGAGGGAGAGCAGCUUGCACUGAAGCAGGAAAUUGUUGCCUUUAUAUUUAGACCCACUUAUGAGGAGAGUGACCACAGUGAAGAUGAGACUCUGUAUUUCAAUCCUGAGGAAAGUCAGUGUGCAGCAGAGACAGAGCUUCCUGCCAGCAUGUGUAUCAGUGAGCUACAAGACGAAUCAACGACACAUGCAGAACAUAAUCAACAUCACAAAACCACCGGUAACAUGAACAAUAUGUAUGACUCGACUAUGUCUACGAUUCACUGUGAAACUCCGAAAGAUAAAAAGGCUCUCAAAUGUGACACGUGUCAGAAAGAGUUUAAGUAUAAAUUUACUUUGCAGAGACACAUGAGAAUCCACACAGGUGAGAAGCCAUAUUCUUGCAGCACAUGUGGGAAAAGAUUUUUUCAAAAAUCCUAUUUGAAAAUCCAUUUAAGAAUCCACACAGGUGAGAAGCCGUUUGGUUGCGACACAUGUGGGAAAAGUUUCACUGAGAAAUCUAAGCUGAGCCUUCACAUUAAAACCCACACGGGUGAGAAGCCGUAUGGUUGCAACACAUGUGGAAAGAGAUUCACAGAGAAAUCAAAGCUGAGUAGUCAUAUUAAAAUCCACACGGGUGAGAAGCCUUUUUCUUGCGAAACGUGUGGAAAAUAUUUCAGAGUUCAGGAUCAUCUGAAAGUUCACAUGAGAACCCACACAGGAGAGAAGCCAUACAUUUGCAAGACUUGUGGGAAAGAAUUUGGUGACAUAUCGGCACUGACCCGUCACAUGGGAACCCACCUAGAUGACAGGCUAUAUUCUUGCCAAACAUGUGGAAAUGACUUCAAACAUUACCGUAGCUUGUGGAUGCACAUGAGAAGAGCUCACACGGAUGAGAAGCCAUAUGUACUGAUAGGAGAGCCCCCACAGCAGCGUGUCUGUAAGGAGGAGGAGGUUCCCGCUGACCAGCAGCUCUGUAUUCAGGAGAGGAACUCCAGUCUGGACGAAGAGGAUCCAGAGCCUCCACAGAUUAAAGAGGAAGAGGAGGAACUCUGCACCAGUCACUUGGGAGAGCAUCUUGCACUAAAGCAGGAGGCUGAUAGCUUUAUGUUGACUCCUACUUAUGAGGAAAGUGACCACAGUGAAGAUCAGACUCUGAACAUCAGUAAUGAAUUUCAGAGUGUGGUGGAGGAAAAGCCAAAUCACAUUCCAGUUGAAACCGCUGUGAUGCCAGAACCAAACAAUGACCGCCAGCUUCUCUUUGAGAACUCUUGUAAUGCUGAGGGCCAAGAUGAGAAAGUAGAUGAGCGUCAAGACUCGGGAUCAACUAAAAAUAUUGAGCCAAAGGGCGCAGAGCCUCGAAAAAUUAAAGAGGAACAGGAGGAACUCUGCACCAGUCAGGAGGGAGAGCAUCUUGCUCUGAAGCAGGAAAUUGUUGCCUUUAUAUUUAGACCCACUUAUGAGGAGAGUGACACCAGUGAAGAUGAGACUCUGUAUUUUAAUCCUGAUAAAAGUCAGAGGGCAGCAGACAAAGAGCUUCCAGAUAGCAUGUGUAUCAGUUGGUUGAAAGAAGAAUCUGACUGUGAUACUUCUGAAGUAUCAGAAGCAAACAGUGACCACCAGCUCCUCUCUCCUCUCUCAGAUGUAGCUGGAGAGUCAGGAUCAACUAGAAAUGAAGAGCCAAAUCAACAUGGUGGCGUAUGUAACUCUACUAUGGCAACAGUUGACUGUAAUAAUCUCACAGACAAAAAGUCUUUCAAAUGUGACACGUGUGAGAAGGAAUUUAGGUACAAGUCACAUUUGCUGAGACACCUGAUAAUACACACAGGGGAGAAACCGUAUUCGUGUGAAACAUGUGGUAAAGAUUUCAGAUCUAGCAGUCACUUGAUAGGUCACAUGAGAACGCACACAGGUGAAAAGCCAUACCUUUGCAACACCUGUGGGAAAAGAUUCAGUGACGUUUCAGCAUUGAAAAGGCAUAUGACAAUCCACACGGAUGAGAAGUUAUACCCUUGCAAAAUAUGUGGGAAAGCUUUCAGACUUACUGGUCACUUGCUAGGCCACAUGAGAACCCAUUCAGGUGAGAAGCCAUAUGUUUGCAACACCUGUGGGAAGAGAUUCUGUCGGAGAUCAGAUUUGAAAGCCCAUGUAAGAAUCCAUUCUGGUGAGAAGCCAUAUUCGUGCAAAACAUGUGGAAAAGAUUUCCGAUACAAAAGUGACUUGUUGGUUCACAUGGGGAUUCACACGGGGGAGAAGCCGUAUUCCUGCAAAACAUGUGGGAAAGGUUUCAACUGGAGAAGUUGCUUAAGACUACACAUUAGAACGCACACAGGGGAGAAGCCGUAUGUCUGCAAGACCUGCGGGAAAGGGUUUAGUGACAUUUCAUCGAUGAAAAAGCACGUAAGAAUCCACACUGGCGAGAAGCCGUAUUCUUGCGAAACAUGUGGAAAAGACUUUGGACGUCAUAGUGGCUUGUUGGUCCACAUGAGAAGAGCCCACACAGGUGAGAAGCCGUACCUUUGCACAAUCUGCGGGAAAAGGUACUUUGAUGCAUCUUAUUUGGCAAAGCACAUUAAAUCGCAUCAAGGCAAGUAGCCUUCUAUUUGUAAAAUGUGUGAAACGGUUCAGUUCUCGUGGUGCAUGGUCAAAACACAAGAACCUACAGAAGUGAGGAAUCACAUAUCUACAACCCUUAAAGGAAAAGUUUUACUCAAAUUAAGUACUUGAAAAUACACCUGAGGAUCAAUAUACAUGGAGCUGAAAAUCAUGGUUACUGAAUAAAUACACUUUGCAUUGGCCACACCUCGGCCACUGAAUGUACACAGUUCCUCAUCGAGAGUACGUCACAAUAUAUUGACGUAGCACGCUGUCAUCAAUGCCAACAAGUUUGUUAAACUAACCUUGUUUUCUUCCUUCAUAUUAUAGCAGUAUUCAUGUUUUUUUGGCAACGUUGUGCCUUUAAAACAACCAGAAUCUCCAAAAUCUUUGUUGCACAGUGAGUUCAUCGUUCUGUAAAAUGUUCGACGUGAUUCUUUUGUUUUCACAAUUUUUGGAUACCCACCUUAGUUGUUUGAGUGCAUUUUGAACACUCGCUUUGUUAAUACCGCAAAGACAAUUCCAAGAUUUCAUUAAACGUAAUGAUUGUUACUGUAAUUACUGUAAAUAUACAUAUAUAUAUAUAUAUAUAUAUAUAAAUAUAUUGUUUUAAUUGACAUUGCUAUAUAUUAUUUUUAUUUCUAUUUGAUUUGACUUGUGUUUGUAUGUAUCUCUGUGCCAUUGUAAAAGCCGGUUCUGCCUCAAUGUGUUUUCUGAGGUUUUAAAUUAAUAAAAUGAAUUAAAAGUGAAGAAAUGAAUGAAUGGGGGUUAUGUGUUCCACUAAGUCAUUUUUACAUCUUGAAAAGCCUUAAAAUGGCAAUAAGACCAGUUAGGAA